AGAAAGCUCUGCCACCUGUGACUGAGUACAUAUCAAUUAAUUGCUACCUGAUUUAAAUUUUGAGAGAAGCGUUGCAGCCGGUUUCAGCCAGUUCGCUAACUAGAACAGCGACUAACUCGACCGUUAACCUUCGAAGUGUUCGUUGUUUUGUCAGGAGGUGAAUAAUGGCCGUGAACGUCCACUCCACAUCUGUGACCACAGCUAACCUGAGUCGCCACGACAUGCUGACAUGGGUCAACAAGUCUUUGCAGCUGCAGUACUCCAAGAUUGAGCAGCUGUGUUCAGGAGCAGCUUACUGCCAGUUCAUGGACAUGCUAUUCCCUGGAUGCCUACCUCUCAAGAGAGUCAAAUUCCAAGCCAAAUUAGAGCAUGAAUAUAUACACAAUUUUAAAUUGUUACAGACCAGUUUCAAGAAGGCUGGAGUUGACAAAGCAAUCCCCGUGGACAAACUUACUAAAGCAAAGUUCCAGGACAACUUUGAGUUUUUGCAGUGGUUCAAAAAGUUCUUUGAUGCCAAUUGGGAUCUAAAAGAGUAUGAUCCAGUGGCAGCUCGCCAAGGACAGGAAAUGUUGACACCCUCCCCUGCAAUGGUUGCAUCAAGCAAGUCUGGAAAGACCACCUCUGAAAAGCUCACUCAACCUGCUGACAAACCAGUUGCUCAAGUCGCACCUGUAGCGCCUUUGAAAAAGAGCCCGAAGGCGAAGUCAGUGCAAUCUGAAGCACAGAGACCUACAGCAGCUGACAAGGCACAGCUUAUUGAAGAGAUAAAUUCCCUAAAACUUGAAGCAGCUGCCAUGCAGAACGAAAGGGACUUUUACUUUGGAAAGCUGAGAAGCAUCGAGCUGAUCUGUCAAGAGGAGGGGGAAGACCCAACUCUGCAAAAAAUCAUCGAGAUACUUUAUGCCACAAAUGAAGGAUUUGAUACUCCCGGUGCAGGAGGGGAGGAGCCAGAGGAGUUCUGAUUGGAACAGGAAACCACCUCCAGAUUCAACCUUCAUCACACAUUUUACUCUAAAUACAUACACACCUUAAUAAUGCACUUGGUCACACGCACUGCCACUUGGUGUUUAAAUAUAUUUGAAAUCCUCUGCUGUUAGACCUCUUGGUCCAUGUUGUAUUUGGACCAUAAGCAACAUCUCAGAGGGUUAGGGUUAAGGUUGCUCAAAUGUUUGAGAAGCAUAAGCAGUAUUUUCCCCAGUUCCUCUUUUCUGUGCUUGCUUGUGCCUUUCAGCUUUACCACAUUCAGUAGCUCUAUGACAGUGUUUUUAUCAGAUCCAAACCAAGCAUAAUCUUAGUCUUUUAAAGCAGCUUAUGUGAAGAGGAUUUUUAAAUUCAAAAUGCUGCCUAUCUGUGUAUGGGAAGGGUGGGGUAUAUAUUAUCAACUGUAAAAAAAAAAAAUAUUUUAGAUAUUGCUCUGACACUGAAAAUAAAGUCCCUUUGAAAUGAC